CGCCCCAUGAGGCCCCUCUCCGGCUCCAGCUCUGGAUCCGCCCCUGGUCCGCUCCAUAUCCAGGAACUCCCCGUCCUGCCUCCUCCAGAACCUUCAGGACCUCCCAGCGUGUCUCCGUCUCUACCCGGGACUCUCCAGCGGCGGCCCGCCGGCUUCAGUGACAUGAAAGCGGACCAGGGAGCGACAUGAACGGGCCUCAGCUCAAUGAACUCCCGGACGCCGCGGAGCAGGUGAGGCCGUAUGUGAGCAGCCUGAGGCGGGAGGCGCUGCAGGAGCUGACCGCCGUCCGGAGCCUCUCCGACGGAUUCCUGAUCAAGUUCCUGCGGGCCAGAGACUUCGACGUGGAGCUUUCUCUGAAGCUCCUGCUGAACUACCAGCGCUGGAGGAAGGAGAGUCCAGAGAUCAGCAGAUGUUUGUCUCCUUCGUCUGUCCUCGGCCUCCUCAACACUUCGUACCACAGCGUCCUCCCAGAGAGAGACCACACCGGCAGCAGAGUGCUCAUCUACAGGAUUGGGCAGUGGCACCCAAAAGACUGGUCGGCCUUUGAGGUGUUCAGGGUCAGUCUGAUGACAUCAGAGAUCAUCUCCAUGGAGACAGAAACACAAAGGCGGGGCCUGAAGGUCAUAUUUGAUCUGCAAGGGUGGAGUUUAGGCCACGCCCUGCAGUUCAACCCGUCCCUCGCCAGAAAGAUAUCCUCCGUACUUUCGGACUCUUUUCCACUGAAAGUUAGAGGAAUCCAUCUGGUCAAUGAGCCGAUGUUCUUCCGUCCGGUCUUUGCUAUGAUUCGUCCCUUCCUGCCAGAUAAGAUCAAACAGAGGAUCCACAUGCAUGGUGCUGAUUUCUGCGAGACUUUAGGCGACUUCUUCUCGUCGCAUGUCCUUCCUCCAGAAUACGGAGGGGAGGCGCCUGAAAUAGAAGAGUUGUGUCAGGACUGGACCAAUCAGCUGCUUCAGUCAGAGAAUUUCCUGCAGCAGGUUGCUGCUCAUCCAACCGGUGACAUCGCCAUAAGUCCUGAGGACGCCUUGAUCUAAGAGAAAGAAGAGACUGAACAGCUGACUGAAACAGGAUGUUUGGAAGAUAACCCGUACUCAUGGAUGUCUUUUAUUGUAACACGCUUUCUGGCAGCCAUUUUUGAAGUCUCAUGAGUACUGACUGUUGAAGCUGUUGGCUGUGUGGAGAGAGCUGAAAAUAUAUGGGUAAUGUCUGUGCUGCUUUUCUACCUUUCAGCUCUGAUCCAUCUGAUUGACUUUGUGUUUACAUGUUUCCUUUUUUAGCUAACUGUCCUUCUUGUUAUGUUUCUCAUUCAAACUAGAACCAUUGUUUGGAGUUGCAUCUUUUAAUUGAAAUACACACAUUUCAUGUAUUAGUUAGAUGAAUGUUCAUCUCAUGUCUGGGUGUUGAGCUGAUCUGGAGUCUGGAUGCAGUUUAGGAUCAAGACUGGAAAUAGGGGGACACUUGGUCAACCUUGGUCUGGUUUGCAAAAAAGCGCAACUUAAGUUCUUAAGUUCAGUUAGAUCCAUUGUAGCUCAUUAUGUCCAAUUUCACAAGACCAACAUGGUGACAAUUAAAGGCCAAACUAUAAGACUCCAGUUUACAAAUGGUAGAUAGGGAAUAACUUGGUUGUUUACCCAGCCCGUGAAAAGACUUGAAAAAUGAACCAUUUUUGAUGUUAAUGGGAAUAUUAAUGACCAACCAUAGACGCACUGCUACAAAGUGCUGAGUGGAUGAAAAUACUGUUAAUCAUCAAGACCUCCCACUACAAGCGGAAGUUUUCAUUUUUUACAAGUUAAACAGCCACAAUGCAUUGUGUAGAUCUGAGGGUUCAAGAGGCAUUGAUUGGCCUCCUUUUGACUUUUGAAGACAGUUUUUAUGCUAAGCUAGGCUAACCAUACCUCGAUUCCAGGUGUAAAGCAAAUCUUACUUUGAAGCAAAAGGAAAAUAGAAAAAGCAUAUUACCUACAAUCUUGAACUAUUUUCAAAAUAUGAUUAAUGCAUGUACUCUAUUCAUGAAUUUUAAUUUUGUUAAUGUUACUGUCAGCAGCUUGGUCAGGAUCAGAAAACCGACUCGUCUCAAGUGUUUUGGACUAAAGACAGUACAGUUUACUGUGUUGCCUCACAGUAACUCUGAUCAAACAUAGACCGAUGACGAUAUUUACAUCGUCUGGACUCUUGCAAACAUGUUGCACAAAAACCACAAACAGUUUGUCAUCAGGAUUUUAAUUUUUGCAGCGCUGUUGCUGAAUGUUACUGUGGUGAAGUCACUUCAUGACACGUUGUUUUCAGGGAUGUCAUUCAGCUGUUCUGUAGGAACUAACAUUCUGUUUUUCACUUGAACUUCAGAGAUGGAUUGCUUAAUUUCAGAGUUUGAUGCUUCAACAAAAUACUGGAUGUCGAAACUUUUUUCCCAACUUUGAGUUUUCUUGCUCACUACGUUCCCUUCGGUUCAUCACUCCAUCCAGACUUUGAUCUGAUCGACGAGCUAAAACAAUCAAUCAGCUUUCUGUUUCCUAAUGAUUUAUGUCUGGUAUUGAUUUUACUUUUUUCCAUCUAUGACCUGAAAUUCUGUGUAGAAAUAAUGAUAGAGAAAUGUAAUAAGUCUCAUGUGUGGGUGGUGAUUUCUUGCACCUUUAGCUCUCUUUGGACCACAGCUCUGCUUACAGCACAUCCCAUAAACCCAGGUACUGUAAUAAUGUGAAUUGUCUGUACAAACUAAGUUCAUAGUGAUUUUUUUAAACUAAUUGCUGUACAGCCUAGAAUACAAAACAUAUUUUUUAUUUAUAAAUGUAAUUUUCUGCCCUUUAAAAAUAGAAUGUGUUGAAUGUAAAGUUCUGAAGUUCUCAUGUGGAAACUGUUUGUAGUAACUGGGCCUAUGCAGUGUGACAGAAAUUAUUUUUAAGCUUAAAAGAUACUUUUAACAUUUGAAGCACAGAUCUGCACCUUUAUUAUUGUAAGUCUGAAUAAAUAGGCAAGAUUCCUACACAUUAACUAUCCAAUGACAUAAAGGGCUCAAAAUAUUGUCAAUAAAUUGUGUAGUAACACGCCAA